AAACGGGUUUCAUGGAGCCACUUAAAACAAAUUCAACAAUCAACUUGAAAAACGGAUUUAUGCAAAUGUGGAUGAAAUCUAGAACUGACUUAACCCGACCAAACAAGUGCCACGAGCAAACUGCAGCAGCAGUGCGUGCUAACAGCUAGCCACGUAGCUAGUUAGCUUCAACCCACUGGCCCAUAAACGCGGUUUUUAUGCUUUACCUUCUUCUUCAGCACGGAGCGGAGAAUUUGUGCCAUUGUGGAAAGUAAUGUUACUCUUUUAGUCCUUCAAGCGACCCACCACAGAACGCCUAUUUGCCGUCAGAACGUCCCCUGGCAAAAAUACAGAAGGCGUGGGGGGCGGGCCUGGGAAGCUAAUCGGCGAUCUGUAAACCAAUUGGAGCGCAUAGGUAGAGGCCAAGUGUUAAUCCAUGUGAUAUGUGGAUCGAUUAAAAAAACCUCAGCAAGCGCAAUCCUUGUUCGCUUCCUCGUUUAGGCGGGACGUUUAAACAGCGGACCAAUCGGCUGAUGGCAUUCAACGGCCGUCCUAAAUUCCCAGAAGGUGAUUGGUUCCUGACACACCGACGCCUGAGUUGAACUUGUCUCUGGUUCAAACGUUUUGGGAACGUAUGCGUAAAAAAAACAUGUCAAAAGGUCCGUGCAACAACGUCAAACAAGUCCAGUGGGCAUUUUGAUUUUAUAAAAGCGAUUUUUUUAAAAACAACUUAAGCUCGGUUUGAGGCAAGCUAAGCGAAGAAAAUCACGUUUGACUACCCGAGUGGUCAAGUGCCUGUUUCCAUGGCAACAUGGGUACACGCAACAUGGAGUUCCUGCAGUGGAGUUGUGAGGAUGUUGCGAGAUGGAUUGAGUCCAUCGGAUUUCCACAGUAUAAAGCCAUCGCGGCGCGUGUGCGCGAGCUGCUGGGCAUCGCCGAGGUCCUGUGGAGUCGCAGCGUCGCCGACCCGCCGCGGGACCUCGAGGGCCUCUUCCUGGAGAUGAAGAGUCGCACGGGCGUGGAGACCGAUCAGCUCACCCCUCAGCAGCUCCUGGAAGACAUACGCCACUGACAAAGAUGAAAGUCCACAGCCAGCUUGUGUUUAUCGUGGCGGAUAUGUUCCACAGCCACGUGCGAUCAUAAAAAAAUAAAAUAA